AUGAUUGAAUAGAUUUAAAUUUUUUUAUAAAGAAAAUUGAUAUUCUUAUUUUAAGUCUUUUAAACAUUUUCAAAAAGAAUUAAAAUUGUUGGCUUGGUUGUAAAAUAAAUUGAGUAUUUGAGUUUAAUUAUAGAAAUUGAGUUUUUUACAAAAAUAACUGAUGAUUUACAUUAAUAGUUAUAAAAAUUANGAUUGGUGGAAAUCUAUGGAAAUCUGUAAAGUGAUUGGUAAACUAAAAUUUAAGAAAUAGAUCUUUGGAAUGUCAUUUCAGAAUAAGUAAAAUAUUUUCCAAAAAUUAACGUAAUAUAUAAUUCAAUUACUCUAAUAAUAUUUUAAACAAAUCAAGAUAUUUUAAGUUUAGUGCUAUUCAAAAUCUUUUCAAAUACUAAUACUUCUUUGAUUAUAUUAAAAUAUUAGUUUCUUGAAGAAGAUAGGAUUUAAUUAAACUUUAGUGGGAGUUUUAAUGAGAAAGCGAUUCAUUCAUUUUUUAUGUUAAAUGAGGAGCAUUUAAUUAGAUUUGUCGAAUUAAGGCAUGUAACAAAUUAUAGUAAAAAUCAUUGAUAUAAAAUUAGGUAUUGAAAUUUGCUUCGAGAAAUUGCCGUCUAUAUCUUUUACUGGUAAUCAAAUAAAUUAACAAAAUCUUAAUAAUCAAUUGUGA